ACAGACUACUCGUGGACGCCGCCCGCAGGCCUGCCGAUGCGCAACGUCGACCACGAGUACCUGCUCAUCUUCCGGCGCGCGGUCGGCAUCAACAGCGACCGCGGCCUGGCCUGCGAGAGCACCGACAACCUGGAGAGCGGCCGGCUGCGCGCCGUGGGCAUCUACCGCUCCAUCAUCCGCAACCAGCGCCGCCGGCGGUUCGCGCACCACGUCUUCGGCGUCAUGCUGUACGCCUGCCAUUUCCUGCAGAUCAUCCUCGCCGCCAUCCUCACCGCCAUGGGGCCCAACGCCAAGGAGCACGAGAUCGCCAUCACCAUCCUGGGCGCCACCAACACCGUCACGGCCGGCGUCUUGGCUGUGCUGAAGGGGUCGGGCGCCAUCGAGCGCCUGGCCAAGGACGAGGUCGAGUUCAAGAAGCUGCAGGACUGGAUCGAGGAGACGGAGUCGCUGGUGUCUGUCGGGAUUAUUGGGAGAGAUAGGAAGGAGGUCGGCGUCCUGGUCGAGGUGGCCUUCAAGAAGUACAACGCC